UAUGUAUGUAUGUUAUGUAUUAAAAAAGAAAAGUUAUAAGAACGGAAUGGUGUUCCCGCAAUACGUGCGAUCGAAACCCUCUCACACGACAUAUUUAUUAUAAUUAUUGCGUAAACUAUCGAUUGUGCGUAAAUUAUGCGAGAUACAAGUACGAUUGCGCGCGUAAUGUGCGAUAAUUAUUAUAAUAAUAAUAAUAUAUCGUAUUUCUCUCCAAAAUGAAUGACAGUCUGCGAGUGAAUGGGGAUACGUUUCUCAUUUUUUUGUCUUUUUGUUUCUCAUGUGGCUCGAGAAAAUUGGAAUAUAUUAUAUUCUUGCGCAUAAAUAAUGCUCGACAACGCGUCGACUACGUAUCGCAAAUCAAUGAUAGUGAUCGACGUCGUAGAGCGUAUAAAAAAAGUAGUGAUAUAAUAAUAAGUAAAAAGGAAAGGAAAAAAAAAAUCGUAAAAAGGCGCCACACAACCACAAAUCGAGGAUCCCCUCCAAUCGCGGUGACUUGUUGGCGUACGACAUUAGGUUAGGUUCCUCGUAACCUACCUACCUCGUCUCUCUUGUUACGCCUACUGCUACACUGUUAUUGUUGAUGAAAACUCCAUAUUAAUAAGAAAUAAAUAUAUUAUCUCAAAGCUCUCUAGGAUACUCUUCAGCCUCGUCUCCAUAAUCCCGUUGACAGGUGACAGGUGACAGGUGACAGAAUCCACGUGUGCGUUUGUACGUGCAACAUAUAUUCGUCAGACAAUUUACUAUAAUUAUUCAUUUAUUUAUCGUUAUCGCGUUAUCAUGGAUCAAUGGAUAAGAGAAAAAUUGUCCGAACUUCUGGAAUUUCAAGUUCCGGAUGAAUUGAUCGAAUAUGUUAAAAAAAUGGAAAAUGAGAGAGAUUUAGAGAACUAUUUUGCAAGUUUAUUGAAUUAUAAAAAUCCAAGGCACAAAGAAUUUGUAACAGAAUUGAAGAAGCAACGAGCAUCUUAUAAAAAUCAAAUUGGAUACAAGAAAACAAAUGACAAUGACAAUGUGCCCAACAAACAAAAUGAAAAAAAAGGAAAAACAAAGGGAAAAGAAAAUGUUCAGAUACAAGAAGUUGCAAAAUUUGAAACAAAAUGUAAAAAUGGAAAAAAGAAGACUAAAUUUGUUAAUUUGUUAGAUCAUGGAGAUGUUCUCUUGAAAGGGAGACACAAAUGUGAUUGCGAAACAAAGAGACAUACAUUAAUUAACAAUUGUCUCAAUUGUGGAAGAAUAGUUUGUGCGCAAGAAGGUGCAGGACCAUGCUUUUUUUGUGAAGAACUCGUUUGCUCUCCCGAACAACAAGUGGUUCUUCAGAGUAAUUCUAAACAGGCCGAUAAUUUGUACAAUAAAUUGAUGGAACGAAAGCCAACUAAAGGCUUUGAAGACUCCCUCAAACAGAGGGACAAACUUCUUGAAUUUGAUCGCAACAGCGCUCGCCGUACUAAAGUGAUUGAUGACGAAUCGGAUUAUUAUCAAUCAAAUAGUAUUUGGCUUUCUAUUGAGGAGCGCGAAAAAUUACGGAAGCAAGAAUCGGAAGUACUCGCUCGCAAGCACGCAUCGCGUUUAGAUAAAAGGGUCACUAUAGAUUUUAUGGGAAGAACAGUUUAUAAUGAUGAAUUCCAUAAUUUACAAUCAGAAGAGCUUAGUGAAGCAAUGUCAUACGGUGUCUCUGAUAAUUCGAAUAUCUGUCCAACAAUAGAAUUUGAUCGGCCAACAUUUAUUGAAAUGGGGAUAUCUGGAACAAGCAGAAGAACUGAAAAUGACACAUGGAACACAGAAAGCAGAAUUCAAGAUAAAGAAUAUUUGGAAAUGUCUGAUCAAGGCCUGUGUUUGAGCAUGCAUCAGCCUUAUGCAUCAUUGCUGGUAGCAGGAAUUAAAACCCACGAGGGUAGAAGUUGGUAUUCUUCACACAGAGGAAGAUUAUGGAUAGCAUCGGCAGCUAAAGUACCAUCUACUGAAAAAAUAUCCAAUGUACAGCAUGUCUACAACAUAUUAAAAAAUAAAACGAUAAAAUUUCCCGAGACUUACCCCCCGGGUUGCUUGUUAGGCUGUGUAACAGUGGUCGAUGUUCUACCUCAGGAAGAAUAUAAAAAAAUAUAUCCAGAAGGAGAAAAUGAUAGUCCAUAUGUUUUUAUAUGUGAAAAUUCUUACAUGUUACCGAUAAAUUUUCCUAUGAAAGGAAAAUAUAAAAUUUAUAAAAUGGACAAGAAACUUCAUCAAGCUGCUUCUAAAUGUUUAGAAAAAGCCAUGCGAAUCGGCAAUAACUGAUUUUGUACUAGUUUCUCUCGUAUCAUUCUUCUGCCAAAUUAAAUAUAAUAAAAAUAUUUUCCAGAGAUAUAUGUUUAUCCGUAUUAAUAAUUAAAAAUGUGUUUACGUUGUAUGAUUUUUCUAAUCUAAAGUAUCUAAUAAAAAUUUUAUCUAAACAUAA